CAACGCUCAGAGCACCGUGUACAGGCCCGGUCCCCUGUCUCGGUCUCGCUGGCUUAGAGGCGGGCUGUCGACUAUCCAAUAACCGCGCUCUGCAUUGGUCACGGUCGUUUCGCGCUGAGCCAAUCGGCGUCACCCUAUUUACAACAUGGCGGCGCUCCUGGGUCUGGUACUUGCUUGGUCCCGCCAUGUUGGCCUUCAUUUCGGCCCGCCAGGCCGGUCUCGACGAUCCGCUGCGAUUGCGCCGGGCUGAGUCCACGCGGAGGGUACUAAGCUUGGAGCUAAACAAAGAUAGAGAUGUGGAAAGAAUCCAUGGGAGUGGUGUUAACACCUUGGAUAUUGAACCUGUUGAGGGAAGAUACAUGUUAUCAGGUGGGUCAGAUGGUGUUAUUGUACUUUAUGACCUUGAAAACUUCAGCAGAAAACCAUGUUAUACAUGUAAAGCAAUUUGCUCUGUGGGCAGGAGCCAUCCUGAUGUACACAAAUUCAGCGUAGAGACAGUUCAAUGGUACCCUCGUGACACUGGCAUGUUUACAUCAAGCUCAUUUGAUAAAACACUGAAAAUAUGGGAUACAAACACAUUACAACCUGCAGAUGUGUUUAAUUUUGAGGGAACAGUUUAUAGCCAUCAUAUGUCUCCAGUUGCUACCAAGCACUGCUUAAUAGCAGUUGGUACCAAAAGCCCCCAAGUACAGCUUUGUGACUUGAAGUCUGGAUCCUGUUCUCAAAUUCUGCAGGGUCACAGACAAGAAGUGCUGGCAGUGGCCUGGUCCCCACGUUAUGAGUAUGUCUUGGCAACUGCAAGUGCUGACAGUAGAGUAAAACUCUGGGAUGUAAGGAGAGCAUCUGGAUGUCUGAUUACUCUUGAUCAGCACAAUGGGGAGAAGUCAAAAGCAUCCUCUGAAGCAGCAAACACUGCUCAUAAUGGAAGAGUUAAUGGCUUAUGCUUUACAAGUGAUGGGCUUCAUCUUCUGACUAUUGGUACAGAUGACCGGAUGAGACUCUGGAAUAGUUCCAGUGGGGAAAACACACUGGUGAACUAUGGGAAAGUCUGUAAUGAAAGCAGAAAAGGACUCAAAUUCACCACCUCUACUGGCUGUGAUCCAGAAUUUGCAUUUGUACCAUAUGAUAGCACCAUUGCUGUUUAUACAAUCUACUCAGGAGAACUGAUAACUAUACUUAGGGGACAUUAUAAUACUGUUGAUUGCUGUGUAUUUCAGCCUAAUUUUCAGGAACUAUAUAGCGGUAGCAAAGAUUGCAAUAUACUUGCAUGGGUGCCAGCUCUACGAGAGCCAAUGCCUGAUGAAGAUGCUGCAAAGCAACGCUUAAAUCCAGCAUUUGAAGAUGGAUGGAGCAGCAGUGAUGAUGAAGGAUGAAUCUCAAUUAGCUGUUGAUAUAAAACUGACAUUCAUGCACCAUGUUUGUGAAGAAAGGACUCUAUCUGCAGAAUUGAACAAGUAUUUGUCAUAAGCUUCUUUUGUAGAGUUCCUUAAAGCUCAGCCUUUCAGAAAUUAGAUUUUCUUGUAAAGUUACUUUCUUGUACUGUCUUAAUGUUUCUUCUGUGUUGUUACUAUAUUUUGAACUAGUAUUCUUUUAUUUCACCUGGCCUUCUCACUCUCUUCCCACCCACCCCCAAACUUUAGGCAAAGCAAUUUGGUAUAUUGUACCUAGUUGUUGAGCUGAAUAUUAAGAAAAGCAAAAUUUCUGAUCAUCAGAUGCUAGUACACCCCAUCUCUCUUCUUGUGUCACUAAAAUAGUGAGGCCUGACAAUUCCUUCUAUUUUCAGGGGUUCUAAAUUGGGCAGAUUGGGACGAGAUGAGUGUGGAGAGGAGCUGGGGUGUUUAAAUCCCAGUUCCUUUGUAUUAUCCCCAUUUUACAGAUGCCUCUCCAUGGGUGCAUUAUGGAAUCCAGCUUCCUCAAUUAGAAGGAAGCAAGGCUGGUAUUCUCUAUCUAGGUAUUUAUAUAGCCCCCAUCAAUUUAAUAUCUGACCCCAUCCCAGGUAUUUAAAAAUAGAAGCAAAGUACAUGGAAUAGGAUCUUACUGGUCCUUUUAACAUGAUCAUAAGAUCAGUGGGCAUCCUCUGCUGCAUGAAACCCCCACAAGUGGAGGGGAAAAUUCAUGGAUAGCAGCAGGCAAACACUGAAUGGGGACUUGGCUUCUGUGACAGCCAAAGAGUCAGGAUGAGGAGGAGAAAGGGAAAGCUAGUGCUGAGGCACUGGGCCUCUGCCAGUGUGCUGUGACUUAAGAGGUUGAACCUCCUGCAUGUUCUGGGUGUGUAAGACCAGAUCUCCCUUUCUCCUCAAGAUGAUUUAGAGGAAUCUCAGCAAGCUGAGAGUCUCCUGUCUGUGCUGGGUGUGUUUUCCCUCUUCGGUUAUAAUGUAGCCUUCUGGAUUUAACAAGCCUCAAGUCAGAAGAAAAAUUUGAAUAAAAUGGAAAUGUAAAAAACAGUCCUUCAAAAUGUCUUCAUUUCAACUGAAUGUGUGAGUAGGGUCUUUGCUUUGUACUGUCAUGCGGGAGGUUUGGUGGGUCAGUUCUUAGCCCAGUGCUGGGCUGAGUGUGCUACAGGAGCAGCGCUCGCUAUUCCCUGAGGACUGAGUUAAGGAGCUGCACUAAAAGGCUUCCCAUCAAGUGGAGGAAGGAUAGCUGGGAUGCAGUACUUCCAAGGGAAAAGUUCAUACCAAAUGGAGGGGCAGGAUUCAAACAAGAAGGGAAAAAGUGUUAAGCAACUGGAUGAAAAUUAUUUAGCCUGUGUACUGUAUGUCACUAACAGAAUUAGUGCACAUUUUAGAAUUACAUUUGUAAAAAAUUGCAUACUAUUAUUCCAUAUACCAGUCCAGUGAAAGGGGCAUGGAGAGACUCAAGGAAAUCCUAGUAAUUCAGAAGAGUUAAUAUAAAAAUACUAAGUUUACAAUUGCCAGGAAUGGUGAAAUCCAAAAUUUGGCCUCCCUUAAAGUUGUUAUGAAGCUAUACUAGUUGGGGGCAGGGAGAUUCCCAAAAGCUUCACUUAAUUGUAGUUCAAGGGACCAGCCGGACCCAGUAAGUGUAGGGGAAUAUUAGAAAUUGAAAUUGGCUUCUUAAAGAUGAAACUUUCAUUUAAUUACCACUUGUUAGUUCUUUUCCUCCCAAAGCCUAGGGAAUCUUGGUAACUUAAUGAAAAUAAGCUUUAUUACAAAACAAAAGCAAAAUGAAUAAACUAUUUGUAUUAUUGGGCA